GUCCCUCUAGGUGCCAUGUAUGUGCCACCAGGCCAGUCGCCGCCUUUCGAGGUUGUGGAUGACCUACACCAUGGCGCAUGGGUGAUUAUUACCGCGGCACUGGGACUGGUGGUCUCGCUCGUUUGCUUCUUGAUCCGGCUUUAUGUGCGACUGUUGUUAAUUCCGCCUUUCGCGAGGGACGAUUGGGUUUUGCUAGGGGCUACGGCUGUUGCGGUGAUACAAGCGAGUCUGGUAUUCUAUGCCUGCUCGCGUGGAUUCGGCACUUCGAUAUCGUUGUUGGAGAAUGGGAGGCUUCAUCAAAUACAGACUUUGAUCGCUACCAGCGAUAUCAUCGCUUUGAUUAUUAUAUAUCUGUCGAAAUGCUGCGUUGUAGCGAUAUACUUGCGUCUCACCCCGCAGAAACGGCACAAUCGAGCUUCUUGGGCGACGCUGGCCUUGUGCACUAUCUGGGUCAUCCCGGCUGUUUUCACCGUAAUGGUCAACUGCGAAUUGAAUACACCUUGGCGAGGUGGCGGCGGUCAAUGCCCAGACUUGUACAAACGAUGGCAAUUCAUAGCUGCUGUCGACGUUAUAACCGAGAUCCUUCUAUUUAUACUAGCCGUCGUUCUCCUCAAAGGCCUGUUCAUGUCCGUUCGUCGCAAGCUAGCUAUCGGCUUCGCUUUCAUCUUUCGCUUUCCACUCAUAAUCCUCUCAAUAAUCCACAUUUCCGCUCUCCACACUGCCCUCAAAAGUGACGACACAACCCUCGCCUCCGUCGAACCAACAGUCUGGAUGCAAGUCGAACUCCACUAUGCCCUAGUCGCAUGCAGCGUCUUCUGUAUACGUCCUUUCAUGGCAGCCGUCAGCACAAACUACGGCACAGCAGGCGACUCAACCCUAGAAAGCAGUGCAUCGAGAACAAACACAAAAGAAGGCUCCAAAUCCGGAUCCGGAUCCGGAUCGAGUCGAGAUCCAGCGUCGAGAUCUAGAUCGCGUUCGCGCGCUCACCGAAAGGGAGCUGGAACAGUGACCAGGCCACCUACUCGCAAAUCUGGUUCUGGGAUCAAGAAGUUUGCAAACUUCUCGCUGGGGAAUGAUGCCGGUGAACAUGCGCACGUGGUACUUUCGAAGAGCCAUCGAGAGGAUGCAGAUACAGAGUGUGAGGGGCGGUCACCGGUGUGUCGAUCGAUGUUUCAGCUCGGGACGCGGAAGAGCUUUCCGAAUUUGGAGAAAGGGAAGCAUGGGUCGUCGAGCUCUGUUUUCCCGGACUCGGAUUUGAUUGAGCUUGUGACGAGGCCGUCUACUCACCAUGCGGGUAGCUCGGAAGGUUCUACUGGUGAUGAGCGGAUGGUCAUUCGGAAGGAAGUUCGCUAUUCUAUUCAGUACGAAGAUGAGAAUCCGGGUAAGAAGGAGGGAUUAGCCCAUGAUGUUUCUGUUUAUGUAUAG